AUGUCGAAAGUCACGGCGAGAUCAUCGCAGAACCGGGCGCGGUCCUUCGGAGGAUGCUUGACCUGUCGAUCGCGCAAGGUCAAGUGUGACGAGGCCCGUCCCCUGUGUGGCCAGUGCUCACGAGCUAGCCUUGUUUGUGGUGGUUACGCAGCUAGAAUUCGCUUUAUAUAUUAUACUUUUCAUUCAGACUGGACUGUUGCUGCAACUGUUGCUGCAGAUGAUAUCGGACAAUGUGGAGGCGGUCGCAGUCGUCGAGUGCUUUUCACAGAAGCGGAGCGAGCGGCCAUGUCCAGGGAGAUACUCCACCAAGUCGAUGAUGACGAAAUUGACAAAGUCCUGAGUGAGCUUGACUCGGAGACGCAUGAAUUCCAAGCGAAUGGCCUCCUUGUGAUGGGCCCUUUUGCACUGUUCUGGGCGAACACGGCUUUGCCUGAGGCUUCUGUCAACCAUGAGCUCCCAUCCGAGCCAUCAGCAAGCAUGGAUUUCCUAUAUGUCGCGGGUGAUCAUGAUGAUAUCUGUUUGACCCCGACUGUAGAUAUGGAUUGUACUUCGUCCUUUGGCCAAAUUCCAGGCCCUUUCAGCCUAUUCGCCCCCUUCUGGUCAACGUACCCCGAUAUCCACAUUGAUGCGGAUCCUAAUUAUAACAUUUCUGAGCGUUUGGUGGCUGUCAACUGGUCGCCAAUGAACAAUUCUCAAAUUGCCCUACCAUCUCCUCUUAGCUUCCAUGUCAGUCUUAAUAUUGAGAAUGAUUUGGAAGCACCAGUAUCUCCAACCACGCAUUUUCUUCUAAGGCACUAUCGGGCUCAGGCAGGGAAGUUAUUCUCGCCUCGCCGCGUGCACAAAUCACCAUGGGAUAUCAUGCACCUCCCGCGUGUGCUUUCUAUAUUCUCAGAAUUGAGUGUAUUCAAUAAGUCGACCCAUGCUGAAACUGCACUUUUUUAUGGCACACUGGCCGUAAGCGCCUUUAAUUUUGAUAGGCUUGGUUUGGAACAGGACGGCAGUUCAGAUUAUUGGUGGGUUUUUGGUGAGCGCCUGAGACACAAAGCAAAGGUGGAGCUUGGACGAAGCUUCGAUACGGAAAUAUCUGGUGGUGGAAAAUCAAAAUAUAAGGAUAUUUUGAUGGCCAUAUUGACAAUGGUUACCAUUUCCGUGAGUCUUUGGUGCCACGUUGUGAAUGGUCAACAGGCCGAGGCACGUUCAUUCUUACUGAACGCGGAUAUGUUCAUUUGUCUUAGAGGAAUUCCCAAAGUGAACAAGUCUCGCAAGGUAAAGCUGCUUCAUCAAAUAUACCUCUUCCUGCGAAUUAUUGAAGAGAGCACAUACGUUUUCCCACAAGAGACACAACAACGCUUGAGUUUCUCACUUCCUCACAACAAGAUGAAGUUCCCUUCUCUAAGGACACACAGUCUUCAUGUUGGCAGAGAUCUCGAUGAACACUGCGGCGGGGAUUUGGAACUUGGGCUAUUUGGUGCGCCUGGAGAUGAGGAUUGUCAGCAGAAUUUUACACUAUUCGGGCAAAUUUAUGGAAUUCCUGAAACGCUACUUUCCUUUAUCUCGCGCAUUUCAUCUCUUGCCGAUGAAAUUGGGAACUUAAAUAAUCAGAGUAAAGGGCUUACCAUGACUGAUGAGCUUGAGAGGCGUUGUCGAAAUCUCGAAAAUGAAAUCUGCUCUUGGAGCAGCGACAGAGACAGCGUUGGUGACAAUAUCGACGACCCUAUCUUGAUGUCUGCAAACCGUGCUUUUAUACCGCACCUGGUUGUAGCUCUUCACAGCGCCGUUAUAAUAUUUUUCUACCGGCGAGUGCGCAAGCUUAACUCCGUUCUGCUUCAAUCGUACGCCGAGAAGGCCAUUGUCGCCAUUGAACGCACUGAAAAGGUGAAGCUUGGCUUCUCUGUUGUCAACACCGGCAUUGUGUGGCCGGUUUUCAUCGCUGCUGCCGAAACAAUGAAUCCAGACCUACAAGUGCGCUCUUCUAAACUAUUACGGGAUUGUGCCAAAACGAGCGGCUUGCGGAAUUUUGAUGUUGCGGAAGGCCUUUUGCAGGAUCUCUGGAAACGUCGGAGGGGGCAUGGGAACGCGGAAAUUAGUUGGGUAGAUUUGGUUAUCGAACGGAAGUUGACGUUGGUUUUGACCUGA